AUGCUGCCGGUGCCCCCGGAGGUGAAGCCCAACGCCAGCCCGCUGCAGGGCGCGAACCUCUGCUCGCGCCUGUUCGUCUGGUGGCUAAACCCCUUGUUUAAAAUUGGCCACAAGCAGAGAUUAGAAGAAGAUGACAUGUACUCAGUGCUUCCGGAAGAUCGCUCCAGGCACCUUGGGGAAGAGCUGCAAGGGUACUGGGACCAAGAAGUUCUGAGAGCCCAGAAAGAUGCACGGGAGCCUUCUUUAAUGAAAGCAAUCAUAAAGUGUUACUGGAAAUCCUACUUAGUUUGGGGAAUGUUUAUGUUUCUUGAGGAAGGCACAAGGGUACUUCUGCCCAUAUUUCUGGGCAAAAUUAUUAGUUAUGUUGAAAACUAUGAUCCCACUGAUUCUGCCACUUUGUACGAAGCCUACAGCUAUGCUGCAGGGCUGAGUGCCUGCGUGCUCGUCUGGGCCAUCCUGCACCACUUGUACUUCUAUCACAUUCAGCGUGUGGGCAUGAGGUUAAGAGUAGCUGUGUGCCAUAUGAUUUACUGCAAGGCCCUUCACCUGAGUAGCCUGGCCAUGGGCAAGACUACCACAGGCCAGAUAGUCAACCUACUCUCCAACGAUGUGAACAAGUUGGAUCAGGUAACGAUGUUCUUGUGCUUUCUGUGGGUGGGGCCACUGCAGGCUAUCGCAGUGACCGCCCUGCUCUGGAUGGAAAUAGGAAUAUCAUGUCUUGCAGGGAUGGUGGUUCUAAUUAUUCUUCUGCUUUUGCAAAGCUGCAUCGGGAAGCUGUUUUCAUCACUCCGGAGUAAGACUGCGGCUUUAGUGGACGACAGGAUCAGGACUAUGAGUGAAGUUAUAACCAGCAUCAAAACAAUAAAAAUGUGUGCUUGGGAGAAGUCAUUUGAAGACCUUAUUACCAGCUUGAGAAGGAAAGAAAUUUCCAAGAUUCUGAAAAGUUCCUACCUUAGAGGAGUGAGUUUGGCAUUGUUUUUCGCUGUAAGCAAAGUCAUGGUCUUUGUCACCUUCAUCACGAACGACCUCCUGGACAACGUGAUCACAGCCAGCCAAGUGUUUGUGGUGGUGACGCUGUACGAGACUGUGCGGUUGACGGGCACCCUCUACUUCCCCAUGGCCGUCGAGAAGGUGUCAGAGGCAGUCGUCAGCGUCCAAAGAAUCAAGAACUUCCUAUUACUUGAUGAGAUAUCACAGCACAGCCCUCAGCUGCCAUCAGCUGGUGAAAGGAUAGUGGACGUGCAAGAUUUCACUGCUUUUUGGGAUAAGGCGUCAAAUACCCCAACCCUACAAGGCCUUUCCUUUACUGUCAGACCUGGUAAACUGUUAGCUGUGAUCGGACCUGUGGGGGCAGGAAAGUCGUCCCUGCUAAGUGCUGUGCUGGGGGAGCUGCCCCCGAGCCAGGGGCUGGUCAGCGUGCACGGGAGGAUCGCGUAUGUUUCUCAGCAGCCCUGGGUGUUUUCAGGAACUGUGCGGAGUAAUAUUUUAUUUGGGAAGAAAUAUGAAAAAGAACAAUAUGAAAAAGUAAUCAAGGCUUGUGCUUUGGAAGAGGAUUUACAGCUUUUGGAGGAUGGAGAUCUAGCUGUGAUAGGAGAUGGAGGAAUCACACUGAGUGCAGGGCAGAAAGCCCGGGUCAGCCUCGCAAGAGCCGUGUAUCAGGAUGCAGACAUCUACCUCCUGGACGAUCCGCUCAGCGCAGUGGAUGCAGGAGUGAGCAGGCACUUGUUCCAACAGUGUAUUUGCCAAGCCUUGAAGAAGAAGAUCACAAUCUUCGUGACUCAUCAGCUGCAGUUCCUCAAGGAUGCAAGUCAGAUUCUGAUAUUGAAAGAUGGCAAAAUGGUCACCAAGGGGACUUAUUCUGAGUUCCUGAAAUCCGGUGUAGAUGUCAUUUCCUUUUUUAAGAAGGAGAAGGAGGAGGCUGAACCAUCUCCAAUUCCAGGAACUCCCAUUCUGAAGAAUCAGACCUCCUCCGGGUCUUCGGUUCAGUCUCAGCAGUCUUCCUUGUUGAAAGAUGCUGCUCCAGAGGACCAAGAUACUGAGAGUAUACAGUUCACACUCUCCCUGGAGGACCGUUUGGAUGGAAACGUUGGUUUUAAGACCUACAAGACCUACUUCACAGCCAGUGCUCACCAGUUUAUCAUCAUUUUCCUUAUUCUACUAAACAUCACAGCUCAGGUUGCCUACAUCCUUCAAGAUUGGUGGCUUGCAUACUGGGCAAAUGGACAGAGUACCCUGUAUGCCAUAGUAUAUAGAAAAGGAAAGCUAAUUGUGGAGCCUGAUCGUGCCUGGUACUUUACAGUUCAUGCAGUUCUAACUGUAGCUACCGUCAUUUUUGGCAUCACAAGAUCUCUGUUGAUAUUCUACGUCCUUGUUAAUUCUUCUCAAACUUUGCACAACAAAAUGUUGGAGUCUAUUUUGAGAGCUCCGGUGUUGUUCUUCAACAGAAAUCCGAUAGGAAGAAUUUUAAAUCGUUUCUCCAAAGACAUUGGGCAUAUGGAUGACCUGCUGCCCCUGACAUUUCAAGAUUUCAUCCAGACAUUCCUACUUGUGAUUGGUGUGGUGGGUGUGAUGGUGGCGGUGAUUCCUUGGAUUGUGAUACCCGUGGUUCCCUUCGGCAUCAUUUUAUUUUUCCUUCAGCGAUAUUUCUUAGAGACGUCACGAGAUGUCAAACGCCUGGAAUGUACAACACAGAGCCUGGUAUUGUCCCACUUAGCAUCUUCUCUCCGGGGACUCUGGACCAUCCGGGCGUACAAAGCUGAACAGAAGUUUCAGAAACAGUUUGAUGCACACCAGGAUUUGCACUCAGAGGCUUGGUUCCUGCUUCUGACCACAUCCCGAUGGCUCACCAUGCGUCUGGAUGCCAUCUGUGCCAUCUUUGUCACUGUUGUUGCCUUUGUGUCCCUGAUUCUGGCAGAAAGUUUGGAUGCCGGGCGGGUUGGCCUGGUGCUGUCUCUUGCCCUCACACUCAUGGGAAUGUUCCAGUGGUGCCUCAGGCAAAGCAUAGAAAUUGAGAAUAUGAUGAUUUCAGUAGAAAGAGUGAUUGAACACACAGACCUUGAGGAAGAAGCGCCCUGGGAAUACAAAUAUCGUCCACCGCCAGCCUGGCCCCAUAUAGGAUGGAUUGACUUUGACAGAGUUAACUUCAAAUACAGCUUUGACAGUCCUCUGGUAUUGAAGCACCUGAACCCAUAUUUUCCGCAAAGAGGAAAGGUCGGCAUUGUGGGAAGAACAGGAGCUGGAAAAAGUUCCCUCAUCUCUGCUCUUUUUAGAUUGUCAGAACCUGAAGGUAGUAUUCGGAUUGAUGAUAUCUUGGCAUCCGAAAUUGGACUUCAUGAUUUAAGGAAGAAAAUGUCAGUCAUACCUCAGGAACCUGUUUUAUUCACUGGAACAAUGAGGAAAAAUCUGGAUCCCUUUAAUAAGCAUACGGAUGAGGAGCUGUGGAAUGCCUUAGAAGAGGUACAACUUAAAGAAGCCAUCAAAGUUCUUCCUGAUAAAAUGGAUACCGAAUUAGCAGAAUCAGGAUUAAACUUGAGUGUUGGACAAAGACAACUGGUGUGCCUUGCCAGGGGUUUUCUCAGGAAAAAUCAGAUAUUGAUUAUUGACAAAGCCACAUCAAAUGUGGAUCCAAGAACUGAUGAGUUAAUACAAAAAAAAAUUCAUGAGAAAUUUGCCCAGUGCACUGUGCUGACCAUCACACACAGGCUGAGCACCAUUACUGACAGUGACUGGAUAAUGGUUUUGGAUUCAGGGACACUGAAAGAACAUAACUCACAAUGUAAUUUGCUGCAAAAUAGAAACAGCCUGUUUUACAGGAUGGUGCAACAACUGGGUGAGGCCGAGGCCGCUGCCAUCACUGGAAGAACAAAAUAGGCGCACAUCAAAAGGAGAUAGGCAGAUAUCACUCACAGUGACCUUGUGGUUAUGAACACUUCCAGUGGACCGCCUGCAGCCUUAGCAGAUUUGAGUCAACCCUCGUUUUCUACCAUGAUGUCGAGUUUAUUCCAAAGGCAUUUUUCCAAUAGUUUUAACACCAACAACAGAUAUUUAUACAUACAAUAUGUUAGUCUGUUUGGAUUUUUUCCUCCAACUUCACCCAAUGAUUUCAGGCUUUAACAAAUGAUUUAUUAUUUUUAUUUAUAUGCUAUACUAUUUUUUUUUCUUAUCUAAAUCAGAGGUGGAAGCCACCAGUAAAAGCUGUCUACCAUUUGUGCCUUGAGAGACUCCAGAGCUGAAGCUCAUUUUCUAAGGUAUAGAACAGAGUUGUCACAGAUGUUUUUACUGUUCCCUACAUUACAUAUUACUUUCCAGUUAUGUCAGGAAUUCUGUUUAUUUGAAGACUGUGUGAAAUUGCCAUUUUGUCUCACCACUUUCUUUAACAUAAUUAGGAUGUGUUAUUCCACCCAAAGACCUCUAGUUAAAAUAGUUCAGAUAAAACUAAUAGGAAAAGCAAAAAUUAUACUUUAGUUUAAGUAACAGAGGAGAGAGAGGCAUCCCCCCCAAAUUAAAACAUAUAUGGUUAACAUACAGAAGGACAGUAAUUAAUUAUAUGUUCUAAAAGAGAAGGAAGAGAAAAUAUGCUUUCAGGAGCCCUUAUAGGUGAUUUGAUAAUGAAGGACACUCAUGUGAUCUCUGAUCAUUUUCUAGAUAGAAGAUUUUAUUGUGUUUUAGUUUUUACAUUUUUUAUUGUGGUAAAAUAUAUAUAACAUUAAAUUUGCUGUUAUAACCCAUUUUAAACAUAUGGUUCAGUGGCAUUUAUCACGUUCACACUCUUGUGCAACCAUCACUAUCUAGUUUGUUUUUGGUAAUUAUUUUAGGACUGUUUAGUUUGUUAUUUCUGCAGGGUCAUUUUUGGUAAGUUUCAUUUAUCUAGGAAUUAAUCUGUUUCCUGUGAGUCUUGAGUUUGAUUGGUAUAUUAUUCAUACUAUUUUACUUGCUUAAUCUCUACAGCAUCUCUCAUUGUGUUCUUUUUUGGUUUUUAAUUUCCUUUGAACCUUUUCCCUUUUUUUUCUUGAAUAAUCUCGCAUGACUUUUUCCUGUUUUCAAAGUAGCAACUUAUUUGGCUUGAUUGAUCUUUUCUGGUUUUUUGUUUUCUAGUUCCUCAUAUUAUUCUUUCUUUCCUUCAACUUAUCAUUUAUUUUGAGAUUUUUUUCUCUAAAUUCUUAAAUUGGAAAAGAUAAAUUUUUAACUUAAUUUUUUUCUAGUAUAAAUACCUGCAGCCUACUUUUUUUACCCUAAGGCCCACUUUAUCUUCAAUCUACACGUUUUGGUACUUAGCAUUGAUCAAUAAUCACAGUAUUAUGUAUUUUCUAAUUUCAAAUUUACUUAUAUCUUUUACCCAUGAGUUAUUCAUAAAUGUAAUGUUCUGUAAACUCCAAAUGGUCAUAGCUUUUUUGUGAAAUUGUUAACAUUCAAUGUCUUUUUUUAACCUAUAAAAAUGGCAGUUUCAUAUGGUCCAACAUAAUCGUUUGCUUUUGUUAUUAAUGUAUAACAAUUUCAUUUUGAUUAGAGAACAUUAGAUUGAGGAUUUUAAACCAAAUGUAACCACAUUCACACAUGAAGUCUUUGUUUCUACCAUUUUAUAUCCUA